AUGCAGUUCAGUUCUCUCGCCAUUCUGGCCGCCGCCUUUGGCAUCGCUGCUGCUCAGACCAGCACUACUUCUGCUGCCGCCACCACCUCUUCAUGCGCUGCUCAAACCGUCCUCGACCUCUGCGUCUCGCAACAGUCGGCACGCAACUCUCAAUGCGCUGCCAAUGACUACGACUGUCUCUGCACUGGCUAUUCCAACCUCGUUGUGUGCUACAACCAAUGCCCUAACGACCCCAACGCAUUCUCCGCUUCUCAGUACAAAGUUCAAUACUGCCAGGCUGCUUCCCAGUAA